CGGCCGGUGGGGGGCGCCUUUCGCCGAAGCACCGCAGCCGUUACGGGGCGGGCGGACCCCGCGCGGGCUGCGGAGCCUCGGCAUCAUGUUCGCCGGCUUGCAAGAGCUCGGGGUGGCCAACGGGGAGGACUUGAAGGAGACGCUGACCAAUUGCAUGGAGCCCCUGAAGGCCAUCGAGCAGUUCCAGACAGAAAACGGGAUCCUGUUGCCCUCUCUUCAAUCCGCCCUCCCUUUCCUGGACCUCCAUGGCACCCCCAGGCUGGAGUUCCACCAGUCGGUGUUUGAUGAGCUGCGUGAGAAGCUCCUGGAGAGGGUCUCGGCUAUCGCCUCUGAAGGAAAGGCCGAAGAAAGGUACAAAAAGCUGGAAGAUCUCCUGGAGAAGAGCUUCCCUCUGGUAAAAAUGCCGUCCAUCCAGCCGGUGGUGAUGUGCGUCAUGAAACAUCUGCCCAAGGUUCCCGAAAAAAAGUUGAAGCUGGUGAUGGCUGACAAGGACCUGUACAAAGCCUGUGCUGUGGAAGUGAGACGCCAGAUCUGGCAAGAUAACCAGGCUCUGUUUGGAGACGAGGUCUCCCCGUUGUUGAAGCAGUACAUCUUGGAGAAGGAAAAUGCUUUGUUCAGUAACGACCUUUCAGUGCUGCAGAACUUCUUCAGCCCUUCCCCUAAGAUGAGGCGGCAGGGAGAGGUGGUGCAAAAGCUGACCCAGAUGAUCGGGAAGAACGUGAAGCUGUACGACAUGGUCCUCCAAUUCCUCCGGACUCUCUUCCUUCGCACACGGAACGUCCACUAUUGCACGUUAAGGGCGGAGCUCCUCAUGUCCCUCCAUGAUCUGGACAUCAGCGAGAUCUGCACGGUGGACCCCUGCCACAAGUUCACUUGGUGCCUGGAUGCUUGCAUUCGGGAGAAGUUCGUCGACAACAAGCGGGCGCGGGAGCUGCAGGGUUUCCUUGACGGAGUGAAGAAAGGCCAAGAGCAAGUGCUAGGGGACUUGUCGAUGAUCUUGUGCGAUCCGUUUGCCAUCAACACCUUGGCUCUGAGUACCAUCCGGAAUUUGCAGGAGCUGAUUGGCCAGGAAGUAUUACCCAGAGAAAGCCUAGAGCUCUUGUUACUUCUGAGGAUGCUGUCUCUGGGGCAAGGCGCUUGGGAUGUGAUUGACAGCCAGAUCUUCAAAGAACCCAAACUGGAAGUUGAUUUGAUCACCAAAUUUCUGCCCAUGCUGAUGGCCUUCGUGGUGGAUGACUACACCUUCACUGUGGAACAGAAGCUGCCCUCGGAAGAGAAAGGACCAGCGUCUUACCCCAGCGCCAUCCCUGAGAUGUUUCCAAAAUUUCUGCAAGAGCAGCGGAUCGCCUGUGAGAUCGGUCUUUACUAUGUGCUGCACAUCACCAAGCAAAGGAACAAGAACGCUCUGCUUCGCUUGGUCCCCUCCCUGACUGAGACCUUCAACGACCUGGCCUUUGGUGACAUUUUCCUGCACCUUUUCACCGGCAACCUCACCUUGCUGGCUGACGAAUUUGGACAAGAGGAUUUCUGUGCGGUCCUUUUCGACCGCUUCUUCCUGACUGCCUGCCCCAGGAAGGACAAUGUCCACCGGCACCUGCUGAGGAUGCUCCUUCACCUGCAUCAAAAAGUGCUCCCCGCCAAGCUGGAGUCGCUGCAGAAGGCCUUGGAACCCACCAAGCAGAGCAGCGAAGCGGUGAAAGAACUUUUCAACCAGCUGGGCGAGAAACUGGAAGUCCGCAAAGCCAGCCCCGUGCCAGAAGCUGAGGCACCACCGAUGGAUUUGACCCUGUCAACAGUAUCUUCUACCCCGGUUCCACCAUAGAUAGCACCCCCUCCCCAUAUUCCUUCGAGCCAGCCUCUUGGUGCAGAAGUUACCUGGCUGACCUUGAAGGAUGCUUCUCAGAUGCCUGCUCAAGUGUCUCAUCUCAUGGGGUGGGUGCUUCCCUAGAAGAGGGGGGGGGCUGCACAAUUAAGGGUAAGAUUGGGCGGGGUGUUUGAAGGGGAAGAUCAUUUAGGGCAAGGGUCUCCUCCAACCAUGGUGACUUUGGAAACUUUUGCGGAUUUCAACUCCCAGAAUUCCUCAGCCAGCCGUUGUUGAAGUCCACCAGUUUUCAAAUGCCCAGGGGAUUUAGGGUGUCUAGAUUAGCCCAGGAGGGGCAGGGCAGGUUUAAAUUCCAGAUGUUAUUUUUGUAAAAAAAAAAAAAAAAAAGUGUGCGUAGGAAACACACUAAAGGAAUGAUAGACGUUGGGAGUAAUUUGUUUGUGCCUUUUUUUCCCCUAGUAUCGGAAAAAUAAAGUUUCCAAGUCCUG